AUGGCUUGCCCUCAUGUUACUGGGGUGGCUGCCUAUGUCAAAUCCUUUCACCCCUCAUGGUCUCCUGCUGCCAUUAAAUCUGCACUUAUGACUUCUUCCAUUCCGAUGAGCGUUGCAACAAACCCAGAUGCCGAAUUCGCCUAUGGCACCGGCCAAGUAAAUCCUAUAAAAGCUCUACAUCCUGGUUUGAUCUUCCGCAGGACUGUAACAAACAUUGGAUCACCGAGGUCGACUCUUGGGCAGAAGCUGUCGUUCACAGUGAAGGUUGGAGGAAGAUCAAUACGCAGGAACUCCACAACCUCCGGUUCUCUGGUGUGGGAUGAUGGGAGGCAUCAAGUGAGAAGUCCCAUUGUUGUCUAUUCUCUCUCCGGAUAA